AUGGCUGGUCAAGGCGCUGGACCCUCGAGGCGCAGUCACACCAAGAGCAGAACAGGAUGCAAGACAUGCAAGCGUAGACAUAUCAGAUGUGAUGAGACGUUCCCUCAAUGUCGUAAUUGCACAAAGCACCAGGUUCGCUGUGAUUACAUGGACCAGCAACGUCCUGAAGCAGAUAUACAGGCACCGCGAGAUCAAUUCCCGUUGCCCUCGUCACCUGGUGUUGAGCACAUGCUCGACAUUUGGCUUCAGACUGGCAACUUUCCUUAUCCAGAGCUCCAAGUCUUCCCUUCGCCUAGACCACAAAGCCAUUCUAGGGUUGAGCUGCGUCUGAUCCAACAUCUCUCAUCCAUUUCGAGGUCAUUACUCUUGAACAGCACCAGCGACAUGACAGUAUGGGCUUCAAAGGUCCCAAAGUAUCUCAGUGUAGCGACCUCGUAUUCAUACGUCAUGCAGGCAUUCUUGGCGUUCUCUGCCAGCCAUCUGGCAUGGAUGUCUCCCUCUCCAGAUACGCGCAAGAUUCAGAUUCAGCAUGGCGGUGUUGCACUACAUGGUCUUCAUGAUGCCCUUAACUCAUUUUCAAAGUCCAACGCAGACGCUAUCCUGGCAACUUCCCUCCUUCUUAUGACCCAAGCAAACGACUGGCGCACAUGGUCUUCUCUCGAGACUGGCAUCCGAACCGUUGUCAGUGCUAUGGCUGGUUGGAACCAUGAGUCGAUUUUCGCAGAUCUGAUCAACUUGAGCCCCUACAAGCCUUCAGAGGACCCGCGCUCACUUCCCAGCAUGCAAGAACGACACGGUAUCCUUUCGAAUGUCCUGGCCUCUCUCCAGCGCCUGCAGCCCGUUUUGAUCACCCACAGUCCCGAAGCCUACUGGAUCGAGCAGCUACUAGGUUAUAUAUCAUAUCUCCUGAACACUUCGCCCGCGCAAACAGCUGCUGAGCAAUUUGAGCAACUUUAUAGCCUUCGCAAGUGGGUUCUCUUUGUUCCUAGUCUGCUCCUGGAUAAACCGAUGGUUGAUGGCCCCUCAACACUUGUGGUAGCCCAUCUUUAUGCCACGGCCCUUGCAUUAGAGCCUUUAUUCCCAUCUCUUGGCGCAUCGUUUUGCGCCGCGAUCAGCUUACCUCCGCUCGAAAGGAUCAUCCAAAUGACUGCUCCUAUGCAAACUGAUGGUCAAUUUGGUCAGCACGCACUGGAGAUCAGCUCCCUCAUGCACUUCCCACAGCAAGCAGCAUCUACCUACCGCGCUCGUCUGGCAUGGUCAAAACAACACUUGGAACAGAUACAACUUCAACACACACCUCAGCAGUCUCCGUAUACCCCUGUUUUCAACCUGGACGGUGUUAAUACCCCCUUCAUGAGUUUUGGGAAUCUCAGCCCUGGUUUUGUCCCCUCGUCAGUCGACCAUGUUCGUGAGGAGAAUCGCAUGUCUUCGAGCUCACUAGCGGGCUCGCCCUACCUUGGAGUACCCACACGUACACCGUCCUACGAUAGUGGCUAUACCGAUGGCACCAGUAGCUGGGGUACCGCACAUUCGCCUGCCUUCAAUCCGAACCAUUACACGGGAGGCGGGCACGAGCAUGGAUAUGAUUCAUAUGAAUUUGAGCAACUAGAAGCACCUCAUGGAGGUUUCCGAGGCGGGUUCGUAGUUCCCCCGACCAUCUGGGCAUGA